GUCUUUUAACACGUUGAUGCGGAACAACGGAAGCGCCUUAUACGAACGUUUGACAUGCUGCUAUAAAUUUGUGAAGAGCUUUUUAGAGCGACGGAAUAUGCUUCAUUGAGUUAUUCGUGGUUUAUUCGACUAAUUUGACUUCUGACCGCUGUGGUGCAGCUCAUGGGUGGCACCCAGAGCGGGACUAAAAUAAGCUACUGAGGACUCUACAUUCAGAAGCUAAGUGGUGAUAUCAGUCAUGGACAAAGAUUCAGCCGUUCUUCAGGGUGCGUUCCUCCUGGCUAAUAAGCUCUGCCUCCCCUCAUCCCUGUCCUCCAUUCAGAAAGCUGACUGGAUUAGGGUGGGCCAUCCAGUCGCAGAGGCAGUCAGAGAAAUCUGCGGACAGGACCAGCUUGGCGGUCGCCCCAACACAAAGGCUUGUUACUGGAAAAAGAAGAUAGUUUGCGUUGUGUGGCUGAAGCUGUUGUGCAGGGAGACCAGAGAGGAUGUAGAGAGAGGAUGGAGAGAGAACCCUUUUUUCCCUCUCCAGAAUGGCCUCCCUGAGGUCAGCCAUGCUGUCUUGCUAGAGCUGGUGAAGUCAACAGCAGCUGCAGAUAUUUUUGCCCAUUUCCUCCUGUGUCUUCCUCAAUCUCAGGUCUGCACUGAGCUAGAAAGACUGACGCAACAUGUGAGGAGCAGUCCCAUGAGGGAAGAUGAUAUUCAGCUUUUUCUGGAUGUGUGGUGGGAAAUGUGGAAGGGCAGAGAUGAUCAGAAAGGAGGAGAAGGAGAUAGCAUAGAGGCAAUGUUUGCUAACCAGGUUAGUCAUCUGUCCUGUAAGUCCUCUAGUCUGUCCCCUCAGGCUGCCAAGAGAUUAAAGCUUGACACAUCAGAUGAAUUGGCAUCAUCACCGACUACUGAUAUCCUGUACAUUCUCCUUCGUGCACUAGAAGACAUGAAAGGUCACAUAAGCUCAGCAGACCUGUGUCUCCAAGCCCUCUCCAUUUCUCUUGAUUCUCUGUACACAUCCUUCUUAAUAGACCAAGAAGUCAAACUUCCAACUAAAGAGAAGAUGUACAUCCUGUCUAAAGUUGUCAGUAUCAGAGAAAAUAAGGAGGAGAAACUGAGUCCUGAACUUAUUCAAGAAGCCCAGAGAGACUUGCGUGCUUCUCACUCGCCAUCUCAGUUUCAACCAAGCAGGAUGAAACUUGGUGAAGCCUUGAAGAUUAUAACAGAACUUGCUCAGUUUUGGCUUAACAGUGGGCUGCUGACACUGUACGACAGCUCGGUUCCUGGUUACUUUGCAUUCAAACUACAACAAAGCCUGCAGAGAGUCCUGACAGCCCUACAUGAAGCAGAAGAGCCUCAGAGUAUGAUUGAAAUGCCUGUUCAGGAGAAAGAGAAGAACAUACUCAGAGGAUUGCUGGAGUCACUGGCUUUCCCUGCCUUAGAGAACAGCCCUGCAGUGAACGUAGAGGUUACCACAGUCAUCAUCAGUCACUGUCUGGAAGACUAUCAGAACUUCGCUGUGUUAUUUGCCCGUGAGAGGUCAUGGGCCUCCUAUAAUGAGCUCUGGCUGGACUGCUUGGAAAAGAACCAGGCAGCCUUCCAGCAGCACAACACGCUCAUUGAGCUCGCCUCCACCGUCAUGAGUAAACUACAAAGUGAGAGCUCAAAUGUGAGCCAGUGCAGGAAACUGAUAAAAGUGAUUGUGGACAUUUUCUCUGCGCUUUCAGUAGAAGACCAGAAUAAAUCCUUGGCUGCCAUGCUGAGGCUAUCCAGCAGGGGGUUCUUCAAGUGUUCUCUCCCCUCUGCUGUGACUGAUGGAUUUGAACAGGAGCUCAACAUGGCCUUCAAUUGCAUCAUCCAAGGAGGGGGUGGCACUUCAGCUAUAGCAUCACAGGCCAGUCUGAACACAGCAGCCUCGUUAGUAGCGAGAGUGGCUUUUCAGAACCCCAAGGCCGCUUUGAGAUCUUGUUGCCAUUCAGCUAUUUUCAACAAGGGGGCUUUCUCACUUAUAGCUAAGAUCCUGCAGCAGCUGCCAGGACUCAGAGGACAGAGGGGUCGAAAAAAUGCAACUCAAAGUAAAGAUGAAGAAAGAACAAAGGCAGAGGAAAAUAUAAAUGGAGAGGUUGCUGUGAGUGGGAGCAGCCUUAUCUGCAGGUGUCUCCAGGAGAUGCUCAAGACCAAAUCACUGUCAGCCAGUGAGAGAGAGCAGUUUAUAAAGUUUCUGGGUCUGCUGAUGAUGCCAACCAUAACAGCUGAGGGGGAAGAACUGUUGCAAAGUUUUCUGCUACCUCAGGAGGUCGUGAACACUUUUGUCAUUCCUAACCUUGCCAUUAUGGGUCACAGUUCCUUUGACAUAGAACUGAGCAUGCAACUUCUCCAUGCUGCUGUGUGUGUGGAUGUCCAGGAUCGAGCCUGUUCUCGGCACUGGGUGUUGGACUGCUCUCCCUUUCCCCUACUCUACAUCCUUGCCCAGCUACACAACCAGGCUCUCAGGAGUUGGGAGCAGCCAGCAGAGGGCGCUGCCCACCACUGGUCCAUGGACUCCAAGGAGCUUUUGGUGUCUGUGCUGACCACACUGGGGCAGCUGGUGGGUGCAGAGGUGGCAGCAGCCCCUAACAGCUGGUCCAGAGCUCUGUUCUGGCUCUACAACAAGAUAGAGGAGCUGGACUGGACAGUGAGGUUCCACCUGAAGCCUGUGUGGGGGCAACACUUUAAAAAUGAAGUUCCCUCAUCUCUGCUGACUGUGUGUGAUCUACCGGAGCAGGAGUGGUCAGGUCUGGACCUGCCCCAGUACGGCCAGGGUACCGGCCUUUUGGCCUGGAUGGAGUGCUGCACUAUAUCAGACUCUCUGAAGUCCACCAUGUUGUCCUGUCUCUCUUUGGACCAGCGCCAGGUUGAACACGUCAGCAUGUUCAGCAAAGGCCUGCUGGUGGCUCUGACCCAGGUCUUUCCAUGCUGCUCCAUCUCCCAGUGGUCCAGGCUGCUGGGAACGCUGAGGGAGCUGAUCACCUCCAGUCGUCUCCACGUCCCCUUCUCACUUGAGUAUGUGGACUAUCUGCCCCUUCUGGACUUGAGGAGGUUUUCAUGUGAGCUCCGCCUGUCAGUCCUCCUGCUGCGAGUCCUUCAGCUGCUCUGUGGGUCCAGCUGCUCACACUGGCUGUCAGCAGACAGCUGGGCACACAUUGGCAGGUUAUACGCCCAUGCUGUGAGGGAGAUGAUGAAUUCGGUAAGAGCCAAGCUGCCUCUUCCUGCAUCUGGUUCAACGCCUCCUAAAACACCAGCAUUUAGAGACUCGGACCCUUCCUGCACUUCAGUUAAAGCUUCUAAAACAUCCAGAGACUCUCCUCUGAAAUCAAAUGAGUCACAGGUGGAAGAUGAGGUGGAGACGGUUCCUAGCCAGGAAGUCCUUUUUGUUCUCAGCCAGCUCUUCUGCCAUGUUCAGCACAUCCAGGUGAUGAUGCCAGGAGGCCAGUGUGAACCGUUGUUCCUGUCCAGUCUGGAGAUCCUCAGUCACUACAAAGCCAUCAUGGCCACCUUUCCUGACAGCAGCAGUCCGCUGGAGAGCGACAACACCCGACACUUCUUCUCCACCAUCACAGACAACCUGGAGAACCAAGAGAUGAAGGCUGUGCUGCAGCAGAAGAUUGCUCAGCUUGUGUCAUCAGCCGGUUAACAGGCACUGGUUUUUCCUCCACUGGAGGGGGCUCCAAAUUCAGUUGAAGACCUUGAGCAUGUCUGUGGAUCAUUUCUGUAAAAGGAGAUCAUUUCAGUUAUCAGUGUUUUAUGCUGUACUCUUAUGGCGUUAUUGCAAAUAUGUGUGAAUAAAAAGCCAACAUUUCACAGUAAAUGAGUUUGCACUGCCU